UCUGACUUCUCUACUGUAACUCACACAUCACUAGCCAGGCAAGUACACUCUGUGUACUCUAAAUACUUCCGUGGGUUUUUCUUACAAAAAGAACAGCUGUCAGCUCAGCAACCGAUCCUUCUAACUCUAUUUAAUAAAAGCAAACUGGCUUAAAAUGAAAAUUUGGUAUGACUUAGCUAAUAGUUCAACAAUCAAGCAAUGUCAAUGAAACCAUUUCCCUCUGAAAAGGCACAGUUUACAAGAGCCAAAUGCCUUCCUCUUUAUUUGUAAGAACAAAAAUAAACUGAGAUCCUCACAUAUUUGUAGUAUUUUUAUUCCUAAAGGAAAAAACAGGAACUCUCAUUGUACUUGAAGACUGAAGUUACUACCUCAGAUUCUCUGCCAGCUUAGCACGAUGGAGCGAGCCCGGAGCUCUCUCGAGGAAACGCUCAAUUAGGGUGGUGCUCGGACAUGCCAGGGUCCUGCAACAGACCGGCGUUCCCAGAGGGCUUCUGCAGCCCACGGUCCUGGCUGCACGGCGAGCAUUAUGCUCGGAUUUUUCCUGUUGCCUGGCUAGUGACCCCCUACAGGAAGAUAAGGGAUAAGCCAGGAGGGCGGAGCAGCAGCUACACAUGUCUGGCUGCGCUUAUCAACUUAUCAUAUAAGGGAAGGAAAGUGAUUGAUUCGGAUACUGACACGGUAGAAUCUGGGGAAAGAGAAACAAAGAACAUGAAAGCUGCUCUGUGAAGCCCGUGCAGCCCUCCCAAGUGAGCCGGGCUGUGCUUCCCGCCGCGAUCUGACAGUUACUGCAUGCCCAGAGAGAAGACAGCACCGGAGAGCGAGGCUGCCUCCGGGAAAGGGGGAGAAAGAAGGCUCUGGCUGAUGGGCUCGGCCAUGCAGCACGGUCCGGCGUGCUAGGCGGCAGCGCGGGACUCUGGACUCACAUGUGCCUGGAAGUCUGCUGAGCUGGUGGUUUACAACCCGAAGAGAGAAUGUGGCAGAUUGUUUUCUUUACUUUGGGCUGUGAUCUUGUCUUGGCCGCAGCCUACAACAACUUUAGAAAAAGCGUGGACAGCACAGGGAGAAAGCAGUACCAGGUGCAGCACGGGCCCUGCAGCUACACGUUCCUGCUGCCUGAGAUGGACAGCUGCCGCUCUGCGUCCAGCCCCUACGUGUCCAAUGCCGUGCAGAGGGACGCGCCCCUUGACUACGACGACUCCACGCAGAGGCUGCAGGUGCUGGAGAGCAUGCUGGAGAACAACACGCAGUGGCUGCUGAAGCUCGAGAGCUACGUCCAGGACAACAUGAAGAAGCAGAUGGCAGAGCUCCAGCAGAACGCCGUGCAGAACCAGACAGCCGCAAUGAUAGAGAUAGGGACGAGCCUCCUGAACCAGACGGCAGAGCAGACGCGGAAGUUAACGGACGUGGAAGCCCAGGUAUUAAAUCAAACAACAAGACUUGAACUUCAGCUUCUGGAACACUCCCUUUCUACAAACAAGCUAGAAAAACAGAUUUUGGAUCAGACCAGUGAAAUAAGCAAGUUACAAGAUAAAAACAGUGUCCUGGAGCAGAAAGUGCUGGACAUGGAGGACAAGCACUCGGUGCAGCUGCAGUCCAUGAAGGAGGAGAAGGCGGAGCUCCAGGUGUUGGUGUCCAAGCAAAACUCCAUCAUCAAGGAGCUGCAGAAGCAAUUAGUCACUGCCACCGCGAACACCUCAACCCUGCACAAGCAGCAACUGGACCUGAUGGAGACUGUCCAUAAUUUAAUGACGAUGAUAGGAACACCGAACUCUAAGAAUCCCACUGUUGCUAAAGAAGAACAGAUCAUUUUCAGAGAUUGUGCUGCUGUGUUCAAGGCCGGGCACACCACCAGUGGGGUCUACACACUGAGGGCUCCCAACUCUACAGAGGAGAUAAAGGCCUACUGUGACAUGGAGACGGGAGGAGGCGGCUGGACGGUGAUUCAGCGCCGCGAGAACGGCAGCGUGGAUUUUCAGAGGACUUGGAAAGAGUAUAAGGCGGGCUUUGGGAACCCUGCAGGAGAGCACUGGCUGGGGAACGAGUUCAUCUCCCAGCUGACGAACCUGCAGGGCUAUGUGCUCAGGAUCCACCUGCAGGACUGGGAAGGCAAUGAGGCGUACUCGCUGUACGAGCACUUCUCCCUGGCUAGCGAGGAGCUCAAGUACCGGAUUCACCUUAAAGGACUCACAGGCACAGCCGGCAAAAUAAGCAGCAUAAGCCAACCAGGAAAUGAUUUUAGCACAAAGGAUGCAGACAACGACAAAUGUAUUUGCAAAUGUUCACAAAUGCUAACAGGAGGCUGGUGGUUUGAUGCAUGUGGACCUUCUAACUUGAACGGAAUGUACUAUCCACAAAGGCAGAACAUGAAUAAGUUCAACGGGAUCAAGUGGUACUACUGGAAGGGAUCAGGCUACUCGCUCAAGGCCACCACCAUGAUGAUCCGGCCAGCAGAUUCCUAAGUGCCGAAGCCCACCCCCGGAAGGGUCCUGUACCAUUCCCAAGGCGGAUCCAAAGCACUGAGCACACGGCCGAAUGCUGACUCUGCUCCCACCACAGGCAGCUCCUGGCCCGUAAGGUCCACAAGCUCCUGACUAUAGUUGAGUCCGAAAUAGCACCAGUAACCUGCAUGGCUCAAGGAACCAAAGCAAAACCCAAGCCAGAAGCAACCUGGCAGAGUGGGCUGGUGGCACACCUACGCGGAGAUAAGUUCUAGGUUGAGACCAGAUGACAACUCACAGACUCUGCUGUCACAACCAAGAAUGUCAUGUGCGAGUUUAUCAGUAAAUAACUGGAAAACAGAACACUUGACGUUAUAUAGUACAGAUAAUCUUGGAACUGCAUUCCUCCAAGCACUGUUUAUAGACUGUGUAAAUAUCCUUGUGUCCUGAAUUCAGCAUCACUAUUACAAUUAAAAGGAAGACAGAAUUCUCUAAGCCAUAAAAAUAUACUAUAUAUUCAGGGAUUUUUCUGAGAAGUGCUUAUUAUAGUUUAAUAUUUGGAAAAAUAUAGUGCAUUUUUACUCUUCUUAUGUACUUUAAAUUUAUAUUUUAAAAACAGCAUAUUUACAUAUCUCUUGACAGCUUAAUUUAAAGUUAAUGCUCUAAUACUUAUUUCAAGUUUAUAUGACACGAACUUCCAGGACCUUUAAAAUUACUAAUAGAGGUGAUUGCUACUUGGGUUUAUAUGAAGAUUGUACUAUUUUAUUCUGCCCGGCUGUUAAAUAUGAAGGUAUUUUUAGUAAUUAAAUGUAACUUAUUAAGUGAGAGAAUUAUGUUUAACUUUUAUGAUAAUAUUGUAAGUUCUGUAAUUUAGUUUUGAAACAACUGUGCUCACAACAAGGAAAAGUUUGAUUUUUAAUGAAGGAAAUUAUACAUUUAAGUCUAUGACAAAGAUACUUUCUUCUCACUAUUAUAGCAAGAGGUCUAUUUUCUCAUCUAGCUAGAUUUAUUUUACAGACUAAGCUUAAAUUUAAUUUGUGGUUGAGCAAAGCAUUCCAUCUGAGACAUUUACAAAGCUAUAAUGCUCAAGAUUUGACUUACUUAAGAAAAAAAUAAUUUGCAUUAGUAAGAUUUUUUUUUAUAUCCAUCAGCAGACUGAAAAGAAAAAGUGUUUCAAAAUGCAGAAGCAAAAUCUCAUGCUCAGGUUAUACCCACAAGCUCACAGAAAACUUAGGACGUAGCUUUAUGCUCAGGACUGUAAAAUCCUAGCUCCUACAGCACUAGCUUCUUUGGAAGCUUUCACAGUACAGUCAGCACUAAUGAACAUCUGCAUAACGAAUUCAGAAGCAAUUUUUCAACUCAUUCUGAGGCAACAGCUAGGAAGGAAGCCAGCAUUUCCUAUGUGUGUCACCAUGUCUUACUGUCCUAUUUUUCCCCUUUAUUCUGCUUUCUUCUGUGUUCAUUUCACCCUGCGGCCCUCAGACUCAGCAUUAGGGUAGGGUGGCACUGCUCAGAGCUGCAGCUGGUCUGUGGACACAACGAGCCUGCAGGCUCUGGCCACCUCCCAUCCUGCGUUCCCCACUGCUACCCUCAGACCCUCCUGGCUGAGAACUCUUCCUAUUGUGACACUUGAGAGGGACUGCAAAACUCAAUGAGCCUAUGAUGGGUUUACAUCUGGUUUUAAAGAAAUUUGCUAAUUAGAAAAUUUCACAGGUUCAAAGCCCACAGUAAGUUUCUAGUACCUCAAUGGCCGUAAGACAGACGCUGAGUUAAGAAAAUGAUAAUACAGAAAAAACUGGCAGCAGUAGACCACUCUAUCAAUUUCUCAUGUAGGCAGGAAAAACGAAUUUCAAAGACAAACCUCACCAUGUUACUUGGAGAUAUAUAUAAUCUCGCUUGACAGAGAAUGGGAGGAAUUUGUGUUUUUACUUUACACUUCAGUUCCUUGUACAGUAUUUCAAACAAACAGUCCUGCUGGGAGGAAUUUUUUCUCUCUUUAAGAAAACAUUUACAAAGUUGAAAGGAAAGCAAAACAAUAAUCCUAAAAAUGAAAACAAAAACAAUGCAAUGACCUAGAUAGUUGUAGCGAUUACACACAGAGCUCAGCCUCCUGCUACGUCACAGUCGGAGGCCGACUCAGGCAGCCACACAGAGCAAACGUGGCCACAGGAAGCACUCAGACACCAAUCUCUGAAAGAAUUAGCUGUCACAAAGCAGCCAACAACUCUGAAAAUGAAAGCCGACUUAUGUACCAUUGCGCUUCCAAUAAAGUGUCAAAUGACUCACUUCA